AUGGCGGGAUCAGUCGAUGCGGCCACCCGCAAGAGGGUACUCAAGGUCGUCUUCGUUUCUCUCCUGCUGGAUUUGAUAUCCUUCACCUUCAUCCUCCCUCUCUUCCCCAAGCUCCUCGAAUUCUACCGCAACUCCGAAGCCCCAACCGACCCGACCGCCCCUCCAAAGGACACCCUCCUAUCAUGGGUGCUCAGCCAGCUCAAUGCCUACAAGGCCGCCUUUGCGCGCCCCAUCGACUCUCGCUAUGACAUCGUAUUGCUCGGCGGCGCCCUGGGCUCGCUCUUCUCCCUGCUCCAGGCUGUCGCGUCGCCCAUCAUCGGGACACUGUCCGACAGGUACGGCCGGCGCACCGCACUGCUGGCCAGCAUGAUUGGCAACAUACUCUCGGUGCUGCUGUGGGUCAUGGCCGUGGACUUCCGCACCUUCCUCCUGAGCAGGGUGGUCGGCGGGCUGUCCGAGGGCAACGUCCAGCUGGCGACGGCCAUCGCGACCGACAUCAGCGAUAGCACCACGAGAGGGAGCACCAUGGCCCUGAUCGGCGCCUGCUUCUCCAUCGCCUUCACCUUCGGCCCCGCCCUCGGCGCAUGGCUCAGCAGCAUUCCGACCGUGGCCGCCAACCCCUUCGCGACCGCCGCGGGGUUCAGCUUGUUCUUGAUCGUCACCGAGACCGUCUACCUGUACACUUCGCUGCCGGAGACGCUGCCCUCGAUGUCUGAGGACAACACGAACGGCCAUGCCACCAAGGAGGAGAAGACCAACGGGAAGGCCGCCGAGCAGCAGCCCAUCCAGCGCACAAACUCUCACUUCGUGCUGAACGCGACUCACUUCGCCUUCCUGCUGUUCUUCUCCGGUAUGGAGUUCUCGCUGCCCUUUAUGACCUACGACCUCUUCGGGUACUCCUCGGCAAAGAACGGUCGCCUCCUAGGCUUUGUCGGGCUGAUCGCGUCGAUCCUACAAGGUGGCGUGACCCGUCGCCUGCCCCCACUGCUCUCCGUGAAGACGGGAGUCUUCGCCUGCCUCCUCGCCUUCGUCCUCCUCGGGCGUCUCACGAGCGUGCCCAUGCUCUACCUGGCUGCCACCUUCCUGGCCACGACCUCCGCGACCGUCGUGACAGGCUUGAACGCACUGGCAUCUUUCGAGGCGAGCGAAGGCGAGAGGGGCGGAAAGCUCGGCGUCAUGAGGAGCUGGGGCCAGGUCGGCCGUGGGCUCGGCCCCAUCUUGUUCACGAGUGUGUACUGGUGGGCUGGGCGCGAGGUCGCGUACGCCAUCGGUGCUGCUGGGAUCGCUGGGGUGGCCGCCAUCGUCUUUGGUGGGCUAAGUACCCCGUCUGGAAGUGAGAAAAGUGCCAAGGUUAAGUCUGGGAAGAAGGCGUAA